GUUCUUCUUCUUCUUCCUCUUCUUCAUCUCCUCCUAGUUGUUAGACCUAGGCUGUCUUUCUCCGACCUCUUCCUUUCUUUUGCUCUUGUUGGUUUUGAUUCUGUGUUUUUGCCCUCGAAUCUCGUUUUCCUUGGUCCUAGUCCCUGAUUCUUGUUGUCGCCCACCGAUUUUGAUUUUGGGUUUUUUUCUCGUUCGCCCCUAGAUCUUACGUUCCCUGUCGCUCUUGCCCUAACCCUAGCGUCAUGGAUUUCUGGGUCUCUAUUCUCCUCCUCUGCGCCGCUGCCGUGUCAUCUCUCCGAUUCGCCUCCUCCUCGCCGGAAUUUUGGGGUUGCGAUCCGGAAUUGGAGGUGUUUCGAUGCGGUCUCGAGGCGAAAUGCCCUCGUUCUCUGUAUCCGAAUCCUCCUCGUCAGGUGGAUGGAGACUACCUGGACAGAGUAACGGAUGCGAAGCAUGGAAAUGGUUAUACAGCAGUGCUCUUUUAUGCUUCCUGGUGCCAUUUUUCACGUGCUGUGCGGCCAGAAUUUGAUGCCGUAGCUUCAAUGUUUCCUCAUAUAAAGCAUCUGGUUGUGGAGCAUUCUCAUGCACUACCAUCUGUCUUUUCUAGGUAUGGUAUCCAUAGCCUGCCUUCAAUCCUGAUGGUUAAUCAGACUUCAAAGGUACGAUAUCAUGGUCAAAAAAAUCUUGCGUCACUGGUUCAGUUUUAUGAGAAAACGACUGGACUUCAUCCUAUCCAAUAUGUGGGUGAAGGCAAACAAACAAGUUUAGAAACCGAUGGUAGCUUGAUCACAUGGUUAAGAUAUGGGUCUUAUAGGAGAGAGAUAAUGGUAAGAGAACCAUACCUGGCAUUUGCAGUGAUGUUCCUCUUGCUGAAGCUGGCAAUGAUCAUCGUCCCGAGAGUGAUAUCGCGCAUGAAAGCGAUCUGGGCGUCUCAAAUUCCGCAUAUUCUGAAAUUGGGAAUUAUCGGUGAGACAAGUCGACUGUUUGGACGAGCCCUUCAUAUGAUCGACUUGAGGAUGAAGCUGAGACUCACCAAAACCAGCAGCUUCCACGAGAGGGCAAAGAAGGCCAGGGCGUGGGCUUCAUCUCUUGCUUCCAUCUCUCCUGAAAAAACUUCUCCCACCAUAUCCUCCUCUCAAGGGUGAUUGAUAAGAUGAAACCCCUUUCAAGAUUUUUCUCUAUCUUGUUCUUGUCAGCUAGAAAAAAAAAGAGAGAUCAAAGCUGUAGUGUUCUGCAAAUCUUUCAGGUAUUCUCUCUCUCUCUCUCUAUAUAUAUAUAUUAUAUAUGUAUACACAUAUACACAUGUCUGUAUGGGUCAAUUGCUUGUUCAUCUUUCUUCAGGAAGCAUAUAAAUUAAAUGCA